CAUGUCCAAAAAUAAUCAAAAUCGACCAAACUCUACAAAGAGUGAAGGUGACUCUGAUACAUGGGUGUUUGAAAAAGACCUUAAGAAAAUUAAACUUGCUACAGAAAGAGCCAGACGCGAUUUACUUGGGCCAUUUGGUGACGCACACGAAACAGAAACUGAUUAUUUUUACUUUCUUUUUAACUCGAGAAUGAGUGAAUCGACAAAGAGUUCCCUUGAUAACGAUUUGGAUGACGAAUUGUACAACAUUGAUAAUGAUUAUUUAAUAAAAUUAAACGCCAUUAGAAAAAAGUUGAACAUGAUUGAGUUAACUGACGAAGAAGCUGAACCUUCGAGGGCCGGGUGUGUUAUCACCGAAAUCACUGACAGUCCUAUUAAAAAUAAUAUUGAUAAACAAAACGAUUCGGAAAAAGAAUCUUCCGAAGCAAAGGAUUCUUCCUCCGAAAAAGAAAAAUGUAGCAACGUUUCACGUGACAAAUCAAAAAACCGAAAAUACAGACAGGCCAAAGAACACUACACUACCUCUAGUGAUUCAGAAUCUAUAUACAACGAAAAACAAUCAAUUAUUUCCAAUUUAUACUCGCAAAAACUUAAUGAAAACCUUAGCACCAUUGCACAAAGAAUAAAAGAAAAUUCACAUUCAUUUCUUGAAAAACCUGGACCAUCAACAAUGCACGCCAAAGAACUCCAAAUAGAUUAUGAUCCACCAAAAAAAAAAGUUUGCAUAAGAGAACAUUCUCCUAGAGUUGCUGCAAAACAAGAAUUAAUGACAAAUAAAAGUAAAACAAGCAUGAUGUUAACAAGCAAAAAAUCUUUGAUUAAAAGUAGCACCAGGGAAUUUUUGGAUAGAGAGAGAAAUAAAUCUCAUGAAAAUUCAAAUUAUCUAUGCAAUGUACAUGGAACUAAAAUACCCAUGAGGACGUAUGAGAAAACACCUGAGAACGAAGAAUCCCCUGAUAAAAGAAAAAUCUUUGAAAAGUCUCCCGAAAAAUAUAUCAAAAAUAGAAAAACAGCAGAUCAAGCUAAAACUUCAAAACCACCAGUGUUAAACAAAUAUGAACUCUCAUUAAAUAAAUUAAAAUCUAAAGCAUUUAUAAAAAAGGAAUCCAAACCUUCACAGGGGUCAUAUUUACAAAAAGGUGAAAGUUUAAAUCAACGAACAAGUUUCUUAAUGAAAAAUCUUGAAAAAACUAAAAACCUCUUUCAAACUAACAAAAAAGAUUAUGUUCCAGAAAAAACUACGAUUUUUCAAAAAAUCAAACAUUCACAGGACUGUAAAGUACCCCCUGGUGUUUGCAAUUCCAUCCACACGCAAGCUUUUCUACCUUUAGAAUCAUCAUGUAAAAGGGAUUGUAAAAAGAAAGUUUUGACUUCAGCUCCCGUGCAUUCAACUAAAAACAUUAUAAAAAAGUCAGCGUAUAGCGAUGAUGUCGAUUUUAGGUUGGAGAAUAUAUAUUUAAAUCAGAAUCAAUAUAACUCAGAAAGUUCUAGUUCCACUAUGGAUAACUCUACGGUAACCAAGUUAAGUUGUCAGCUGCAUCGUACGGCUCCUAAUACUGUUUUGGAUGAAGUUAAUAUUGAUAAAAGCCAAGUAGUAAUUAAAACAACAACUUUGCAAGACGAGGAUAAAACAUUUGAAGUCAAAAAUAAACAUUUACAAUCAUCUCGUAAAAAGGUAGUUCCGACUCCAACGAAAAAAAAAGUGAAACAGUCAGCAUAUAAUGAAGGAAAUUCAGGUACCACCGUCGAUUAUUCUACAAUUCCACUGGAGGACAAACCAUUUUUGGUUAAAAAUAAGGUGUACCCUGAAAAAUUUGAAAAGCAAAAAACAGUUAAACCAAUAAGUGAACUGGAGCUAAGUGUAGGUUUGGAUGUGCCGAAAAAAACAUCAACCAACUGCAACUUUCCUGCUAUAACCAACGUAACGAAACACGUUGGUUACUUAUCAGAAGAAGUAAGCUAUGUAGAAGCGAUUCAAAGUGAGCUUAGUUCGCACAAAAAUCGCGAUAACUCUAUUAGUUCAAAUAAAGUUGUCAAAUCAGAACCAAAAUUGUUGAUGAAAACGACCAUUCACCAGCAGGACAUGAGAUUUACCGAUUGCCAGUCUGCUGCGACGGAUUUGGACAACAGAUCAGUGGAAUGCCGCCAUCCCCGAACUGACGCCUUACCUCAAAACAACAGUUUACCAACCCAGGCUGUUUCUGAAGCUCGUGCGUCCUCUCCACAGUCAAAUGAAGAACCAAUCGCUUGUUUUAAUUGUCCUUGUUUCGAGCGGGUCAUCGAUUUAUUUAAGUGCAACUGGAAUUUAUAGUUAAUUGCAUUAGUAAUAUUAAGUGUAAUUAAGUAAAUAUAGUUACCG